AUGCCCCCUGUCUUCCAGAUCGUUUCUGACCGCCGUGGCGGCCGCACCGCUUGGUCCAGUCGAGUAACUGUCCACGGCCGUACCCUCUCCGCACGAUUCUGGUACGACGGCAAGAACCUCAACAACGCGAAAGAAGACGCCGCCGAAAUGGCUCUCAACUACCUCACCGGUUCGAAUCCCAGUUCGCCAGCCAACAGCAGAGGCAGCUGGUAA